CAGCUGUCAUUAGAUGCAGAUGACACACACACGGGUAAUCUCACAGAGAAGAGAGGGGGGAAUACACAACGUGCAGAUGACAGUGGCGCGUGUGUGUGCAUGCGUGUGUGUGUUUACUGCGCGGACCGUGUGAAAACCAGCACGCUGGCCCGGUUGGCAUGAGAUUUUCAGCCGGCUUGCGACUUGUUAUGGACUGCUUCAAUUAUUGGCAGAGGUGCUGAUAACUGCUGAAGAUGAGUAGUGGUGGGGGGGACACUCCUGAGCCCCCCAAAGGGGAAUCUGUGAAGAGGAAAGACUGUCAGUCAGACCUCCUGGGACCCAGCCCAAAGCGAAGUACCGAGAGGCGCAACAGGGAGCAGGAGAACAAAUACAUCGAGGAGCUGGCAGAGCUGAUCUUUGCCAACAUCAACGACAUAGACGACCUCAACGUCAAGCCCGACAAAUGUGCCAUCCUCAAAGAGACGGUGAAGCAGAUCAGGCAGAUCAAGGAGCAGGAAAAGACCCUGGUGGCUAAUGCAGAGGAGGUGCAGAAGGCAGAUGUCUCCUCCACAGGGCAGGCCGUCAUUGAUAAAGACACUCUCGGGCCAAUGAUGCUGGAGGCCCUGGACGGCUUCUUCUUUGUUGUGAACAUGGAGGGAAACAUCGUGUUUGUGUCGGAGAACGUCAGCCAGUAUUUGCGCUACCAGCAGGAGGAGCUGAUGAACACCAGCGUCUACAGUGUGCUGCAUGUUGGAGACCACGCAGAGUUCAUCAAGAACCUUUUGCCUAAGAGUCUGGUCAAUCAUCGCAGCACCGACUCCUCCAACAGGAACAGUCACACCUUUAACUGUCGUAUGUUGGUCAACCCUCACGCCGACGGCGAAGCUCGCCAGGCCGUCGAUCAGCAGGACGCAGCGCAGCAGAAAUACGAGACCAUGCAGUGUUUUGCCGUCUCUGAACCAAAGUCUAUCAAGGAAGAGGGGGAAGAUUUCCAGUCGUGUCUCAUCUGUGUGGCAAGAAGGGUUCCUGUCAAAGAGAGGCCUGUGAUGCCGGCGUAUGAGAGCUUCACAACACGACAGGACCUUCAAGGUAAGAUCACCUCUCUGGACACCAGUGUGCUUCGGGCAUCUAUGAAACCGGGCUGGGAAGACCUGGUCCGGCGCUGCAUCCAGAAGUUCCACCUGCAGAGUGACGGGGAGAUUUCCUUUGCCAAGAAACACCAGCAAGAAGUAUUGAAGAACGGCCAUGCCCUCAGCCCAUUGUACAGAUUCUCCCUGGCAGACGGCACCAUAGUUUCUGCUCACACAAAGAGCAAACUGGUCCGUUCUCCAGGCACCAAUGAACCGCAGCUCUACAUGUCGAUGCACAUCCUGCAGAGGGAAAACCUGGGGGGCAUGGCUACAGACAUUCCCAGUGGUCAGGACUCGGGCAAGUCAAUGACCCCAACGAGUAUGAGCGGGUCCUUCCCCUCACCUGAUGCCAGUGUCACCAGCAACAGCCAUCACUCCGCCGGAGCCUCCACCACCCCUGGACGUGGUUUUGGGUCUGUUCCAGGAAGGGCCAUCACGCCUCAGGGAAACAGUCACACUCUGAAGCUGGGCAGCCCUUCUGGCCAAGGAAGUCCAAGCGUCAGCUCAGGGGUCCAGAGUGCCAUGUUGUCUCCUCGUCAUCGGCAGAGUCCCAGCGCUGCCGCAAAUAGCAGCAACUGCAGUAGCCCUCAUCUUCUCCAACAUCCGCCUGGAUCUUUCUCUCCUGCAGCUGGUUUGCACUCACCUCCAUCCGUGUGCAGCACCACAGGAAACAACCAAAGUUUUAACUCCCUCAGUGCACUGCAGGCUCUCAGCCAGGGCGCCAGGAUUUCCCCAGGGCUCUCUGAUGGACAGCAUCCAGAGUCACCUGACAGAAAACCAGCCGCUCUUCAGAGUAAUCUUCACAGCAACAAACCUGGUAGCCAAAUUAGCAAGAGCAAUCUCAGCUUAGAGACUGACUUGUUUGGAACUUUUGAAGAGCAGGAAGAGUUUUUGUCGUCCCACACCCAUGACGGUACACAGGCAGAUGGGAAAGAUGUUGAUCCUGACACCCUGGGAGUAAACGGAAACCUUGGCGAUCUUGCCGAUGCUGCAAACCACCAUCUGACCACCAAAGGCCACACCAAGUUGCUGCAGCUCCUCACCACUAAGUUAGAACCCUCUGAUCCUUCCUCACCACCAGGUCCCAUAGGAGAUGACCAGAACUGUAAGGACCAGAUGUGUGGGGGGGCCGGACAUAACAACCAAACCACCUCAUUAAAGGAAAAACACAAAAUUCUCCACAGGUUACUGCAGAACAGCACCUCACCUGUGGAGCUGGCCAAGCUGACGGCGGAGGCUACGGGAAAAGAUCCUAUUGGUCCAGAGUCUGCCGCAGGAGACAGCAUGGCUGCUCUUAGUGAACUCUGCACCAAACAGGAGCCGGGGAGCCAGGGAAAGAAAGACAAUGCAUUGCUUCGCUAUCUUCUGGAUAGGGAUGAUAAUGGCAUCCUCGACAAAGCCAUCAAAAUGGAACCAAGCGACGGACUCAAGCUGACCUGCGUUAAGACGGAGAAACAGGAUGAAGGUUUUAAUUUGGCUGAACAGGCAUCUGAGCUGGAGGACCUGCUGGAGGACCUGCAAAACAGCAGCCAGCAGCAGCUGUUUCCCAGUCAGCCUCCAUCCUCUUCAUCCUCUUCAUCAGCUGUGCCAGCUGGCUCCUCUGUGGACAAACAGACCAUCAUCAGUGACAUCCUGCAGAUGAACGACACCAGCAGCAGCAGCUCCCCCAGCCAGCACAGAGCCUUCCCUCCCAUUGGAGCCGCAGCGAGCUUUAAUGGUGUCAGGCCGGGCCAGGCCGGUCAGGGGGCUCCUUCAGGCAGGAGCAUGUCUCUGGACAGCAGUAUGGGCUCCAGUCCCACCAGGCCUUUCCCUCCUCAGCACAGAAAUAAUGGGCCAUAUUCCUUGCAGCAGCAAGGUAUGAUGGGAACCCACACCAGCAUGAACCAGGCAGCAGUAACCAACACAGGCCUUCGAGGCUCCAUGCAGCAGGCCUGGGGUCCCCAUGCUCCAACAGGGGGCAGUGCAGGACCCAUGAUGGCCCAUGGAGUGGGUCGAAUGGUACCCAACAUGAAUUCUGCACUUCCUCCAAGAAGCACUGGUCCAAAUGUCUCCAGAGCUUUGGUCAGCAUGCAGAUGAUGGGCAACGAGUUAGACAUGGCAACUCCGCCCUACCACCAGCAGCAGGUUCCGCCCAAUCAGACGGCUCCAUGGCCAGACCGAAUGAUGAUGAUGGAUCACUAUGGAAACCAAAGCAGGCCACCGUAUGGCGUCCGUCAGGAGGACGGGAUUAGUUGCUGUGGUUCUGAAGGACAGACGGAUGAAGGUGCUCUGCUGAACCAGCUGUGUUCGGUGCUGAAGGACUAUGAGGGUCUGGAGGAGAUAGAUAAGAUGCUGGGAAUACCCACUCUGGCUGGACAGGGUCCUCUUUCAGACCAGGACCAGUACCUGGGUCCGUCGGACUCUCCCUCCAGCCUGAAACCUCCCCUCUACAGUCAGCAGUAUGGAGGGCAGCCCAGUUAUGGCGGCAUGCCCCCUGAUGGCUUGUACCCUGCCCCAUCCAUGGGGGGUCAAAUGGGGCCUCAAAGGAUGGCCCCGGCAGGCUACCCGCCCAUGAUGAGAAUGCCGGGCUCCCCAGGACCCCGGGCCUCUGGCAUGAGACCUGGUGGUCCCAAUCCAAUGGUACCGCCGCAGCCCAACAACCUGAGGCUCCAGCUACAGCACAGACUCCAGGCCCAGCUGAACCGUCAGCCAGUGAUGAACCAGAUGGGUGGAGUUGGAAAUAUGAAUCUACCUCUAAGAUCUAAUGUGUCGACCCAGGGACCUGUCAACGCCCACAUGCUGGCGCAGCGUCAGCGCGAGUACCUCAGCAACCACUUGCGUCAGCGGCAACAGCAGCAGCAGCACCACGCGCAUCAGCAGCGUGCCAUGAUGAUGCGGACUCAGGGCAUCAACCUGCCGCCCAACAUGCCCAGCGGGGGUGCUGCUCCCUCGCCGAUGCCCAUGGGGGGUGCCAACACCCGGGUGCCACAGGGCAGCAUGCAGCGGUUCCCCUACCCGGCCUCCGGUUACGGUACAGGGCUGUCAUCUCCUCCUCUUCCUCCUCAUCCCGGCUCCUCCAGCCCCUUCUCCUCCCCUCUCUCCCCGAGUCAUCUCCUGGCAAGCCAGGGCAUGAUGGGAAAUGUAGGCGGGCAAUACAGCGGCACAAUGAGCCCACCAUCACAGCACAGUGCCUUCCAGUUCAGCAAUUCAGGAAUGAGUCAGCAGCAACACCAGGACCCAGCGUCAUGCUUUCCAUGUGGGGCUGGCACGCCGCAGAGCCCCCUGCUGUCCCCCAGGAUGGGGCAGGGUCAGAGCCCCAUGCUGCAGCAGAACCAGGGCCAAACGCAAACCCAACCCCAGGCUCCGAACCAGGGCGGACCGCCAAGCUACCAGACGAGCGCCGACCUAAACGGGUGGUCGCAGCCUGCAAACAUUUCCACCAGCAACAGUGUGUACCCCCAGCAAUCCCAGUCUCAGUACUCGACGCAAUCCAGUGGAAUGUACAGCAGCAGCAACAUGAACCUGGGAGUCACCAUGGCCAGCAGCAGCAGCAUGAAUUCAGUGGCGGGACAGAUGGGUUCCAUGAACGAACAGGUGGGCGACAGCAGCCUGAUGCUGGAACAGUUUGGAGGAAUCGAUAUGUUGACCCAAGAGAGCAAUGUCAAUUCUAAUUUUUGCUGACCACGGCCUCAGUUGGGACGCGGUAUGACACACGGGCCCCAGCUAAAACAGACACUCACUGAACUCACAGAGAAGUGUGAAGAUUUUAAAGGAAAUACUUACAUUCAUCUCAGAGGACAAAACACAAAAUGUAAAAACUUCUGAACUUCACUCAGACUGGUCCAGUUCCAGUUCUUCAUUAAAUCAAACACAGUUUGAAAUGCCAUGAAAACUGUCACCUGAACCACUCUGGCAGCAAACACAACUGUAGGACAGUCAUUACAACAGAAUAUAUUUCUGAUUCUGUGUUCAGGAACACAUUUUAGUCAUGAUCUCUGGGUUUAAAUAUUCCAUUUAGCUUCCAUUUUUUCUGCAACAGUAUGAAGAGACUCCAUUGUAAUUUACUGAGCUGAACACGCAGCUAAACAGAUAUCACCUAACUUUAUGAUGAAGAAAGUUAGGUGGCACUUAUUCAACCAAUAAACAAAAACAUCCAAUGGCUUUUUGGGGCUGAAUUAGCCCAAAAAGGAGCUUUUUGUCUCCAGAAUGUGGUUUGUGGCAUCUUUUAAAAAAAUAUAUGUACAUUUUCUUGCUGAAUAUUUUGACUCCAUGAAUUACUGCUGUAAAACCAGCACAUAAACUGUGUCUACAAAAGCUUUUAGGUAGUCAGUUUAAUGACACACAGGGUGUAUGCCUCUAUAGACGAGCUGCUUACAGUGGGUGUUUGCUGUAAGGAGGUGGUACAGUUUUCCCAGGUUUGAUCCUUUAGUCUCUGAGGUGAAAUGUUUCUGCUUGACUACUAUGUGUGUGUGUUAGCGUGUAUGUAUGUGAAACUCAAACUGUCACAAUUUCACACUGCAGAGAUGUAUGAAAUGAAUCUUUAGAUUUUUUUUUUUAACUCCUGGUUCUAUUUUAGAGCCCGACUGAACGUAAAAGGAAAACUAUAUGAAAGAUUUUACAGUUAUUUAUAGUUUUAAAAAUGUUUUAGAUUAUUUGUAUGGAAGAAAAUCAAUUAUAUCUUUAAGAUCUUUUGAAAUGGUACUCAUUGAUGUUAAUUUUAAAAGUAAUAUAUAUUUGAACUGCUGUAGUACAUAGGACAUGUAUCCCCUAUUUAAUGACUUUUCAAAUAAAGGUGAAUGUGUAUAAAUAGUGUACAUAGAUCUUUAUCACCCCUUUUCCUUAAGUGGUAUCAUGAAGCAGCAGUUUGGAUUUUCAUAAAUGAUCGAUAGAGAGUAGAAAUAUGCCAUAGGUUAAAUUAAGCACAUUGUCUCUUUUUAUUCAAACAAACUUCCUGGUGGAUGUAUUAUUAUGAAGUUCAAAACAAACAAAAGACAAAAGCCUCAGUUGUUCUGUAAUGGGGAGUGCUAGUCUUUAGCUAAAUAGCACUGUUAAUAUGCUAAUUGUUAGCAUGUAGCGGUGAAAAAUGUCACAACUUGCAUUUUAUUCUGACUGUUGUUGCAUUUUGACCAAAUUUGCCCACGUAUAGUAAUUAUUUUUCUGUCAUUGUGACUUAAAUGCAUGUGCAACCAACAAAACUCCACACUUUUUUCAAAAUUUGUGUCCAAUCCCUCAGUGAGGAAUAGCUUUUACAUGUUGCAGUUAUUUUUGUUUUGUGCCCCAGUACAGUGUAUCCUCCAUGUGGAAGAGAGUAGCAGCUAAGGAACACUGCAUUAGAUAAAUAACGCUCCAUCAUUGCUUUUCUAUGCAUUUAACAGUUUUCACAUAGAUAAUCUUGAAUACUGAUGGUUUUUUGACAUGUCAAAACUCUGCAUUAUUAGCUCUCACAUUGCGUCUAUUUCAUACAUACACAUCACUACCAGGAUUGUCAUUGCUACUCAAAUAAUGGAACAAAUCAUUGACAACAUUACUUAUCUCAUGUAAUACUAUGCAAAUGCUUUGUCUGUGCUGAUGAAGAUUCAUUAGCUUCCCGAUGUUGCAUGUUUGAAGCUGAAAGUGAAACUGAUUGCCAUAUAUAGUUUGUCAUAAAUUCAGUGUAUAAGUGUCUGAAAACUUUUAUUCCCAGAUUAUCCCUAAAUACAGAAAACUCACACACAGACUGUGAUAAAAGUAACAUUUCUGCAGCUGAACACUGUAAAUCCCACACUAUUCAAACCAAAAGUAACAUUCGUCCUUCAAAGAUCUGAUGGAACUCGAUGUUCCACAUAAUCAGUUAAAUUUGCUGCAUAAUAUGCUAUUUUAAAUAUGCCAAUGUAGAUGAUGCGACACCUUUUUUUUUUUGUUUAUCCUUUCAAACUUUUAAUCUUAAAUUGAAUCUUAAAUCUUUAGUGUUCAACUGCCACUGGAGGGCAUGACAACAAUGUUAGCAAGCUAAUUACUAGCAUGUAGCAGUAAAACUAUGUUAUAUUUUUUCUUUAAUUUAAUUGUACUUGCAAUUAGAUCUCCUUUACCCAUAGUAAGCAACAAAACUCCUUUGUAGUGUGACUUUUCUAGUUUAGAAUAAUCUAACUCUAAAAGCAGAUUUACACGUUUUUGUAUUUUAUCUUUUUAACUUUUUGUUUAUACUUACUUUAGAUACUUGUUUAAUGAAGGUAAAUCAUUAAAGAUUCAGAAUUUACUUAAGUUUUACUUACUUAUUUUAAUUUUCCCUCUAACUAUUUGACUAAGAGCCUCUACAAUUCAAACUGAAAGUCAGGAACGUUUCUGGAAUAGCUCAGCUAGUUUUGGUGCUAUUCAUUAGGUGCUUUUUCAUAAUAAGCUUUUAAUUGUGAAUGAAAUUGUUUAAAUUCAACAUGUUUUUCUUGAAUUCCCUGCUUAACAUUCUGUAGCAUGAGGAAAACUGGGAAAUGAAAACUGGAACACUGUAAAGAAAGUUGGAAUUUAGUUUUGUCUCCCUGUUGGUACAACAAUUAUUAUUACUUUGUUCUUUAUCCUCAUAUGAUAACAUAAAAAACCUCAGAGAUUAAAUGUAGGCCAUAGAAAUGUUCUGAAUCUCUGAAACACUCAGUGAGAUUACGGUGAAGAUGAACAUUCGUGUACAUUUUUUCCAGAUGUCUUAUAUGAAGGUAAACUGUUUGUCUUGAUUUAAACUGAGACAAGAAUACAUACUGGAUAAUUUUGUAUAUUUUUAUCAAUUGCAUACAACUGUAUUUUAUGUAAAUAUGCAUAGAGUAAUGCCUUAGCUUUUUGAUUUUUUUUGUUUUGUUUGGUGUGUAGUUGUUUGGUUUUAAAGAGUAUCUGGUGUGUCAAACUCUACUGACUUGGUGAUGCUCCACUUUAUGCAGUUUAUAAGCAGGAAUAUUAGGUUUUCUCACAAAAAAUGAGACUUUACAAGCUGUGAUAAACCUCUUAAGAUCUGUUAUGUUAGCAAAUCCAACUGUUUCUCAUCACAUUGUUUGCAUGUACUGAAAUACUCCCUGAUUAGUACAAGAUUUUGGUUUUAAAGGAUAAUUUACUUUAUUAUUUUUUUCCCUCCUUGAUAUGGCCAUUUAAGCUAAUUAAACUACAGUGGGCCAUGAAUUAUGAUAACAUUAUAGUCAGAUAUUCAAUGAGUUAUCUGCUGAGUCUACUUAAAUAUACUUGACUUGAUUUUAGACUCCAUAACAUCAAGGUUUUUCUACUUAUACCAACAGAUUUAAUGUAUUUUUUUUCAAAACUAAAACUUUAAACCUUAAAGGAUGUUUUAAAAAUUGAGAAGAGUGAGUAUAUAUAAAAUGUGACUUUUUUCAAAUCUCUGUUUACUGCUGUAAAAAAUAAAAAUAAUAAAAAAAAAUAAUAAUCAUUUUGGGAAAACAGCCAAAGCCAAUCCCCAAAACAUAUUUGAACCGGCUAAAAAUAUUUCCAUCAGUUCAAGCAUUUGCUAUGUUUAGAUGAUUUUGACCGCUUUACCUCACGGUUGGACCGCUUCACAGAUAUCAUCUGGCUUAAACUGCCAACUUGAUUUUAUAUUCCUGUUGAUUUGCAAGAGAUUUAUUUAGUAAUGAAAAUUAAAACAUUUGUAGAUUCACUUCAAGGAAAUCAAACCAAAAUUCAAGCCUUUUCAAACUGCAAAGAACUAAAUAGUCAGAAAUGUGCUGUUUUUCUUCUUCUGAUUUGCAAAUAUUUACAUUAAAACUUUAACAUAAGUAAAUUUUGUUAGAUUUGAUUAAAACGUUCCACUCCACUCCUUAGUCUCAGGAUCAUGGUCUACAUUACUAACAGCACAGUAAAGCAAAUGAAGCAGAUUUCCAGUGGUUUUUUUUGUUUUUCUUGUUAGGCACCACAAUGUGCUGCAAACUCCUUUUGACUGAGGCCACUGUAAGAUAUUAAAUGCUGUAAAUCUAAAUAAUAAGUAAGCUACAGAGUGUUGAUGUUCAAAUUUGGUAUUUUUAAAACUCUUAUUUGAAGUAUUGUCUCUGCUGUGAAGUUGAACUGAAACGCCUCAGCAGCUGCACAGUCCAGUUUAAACUGUUCAUUUAGUGUGAGGUUUUACCCACCAGUUGUUCACCAACUUUAUGCAAACUGUCGACUCUGAUGUUGCUUCUGCCAAUGCUGCUGGUUGAUUUCUGAUUGAUGCCACUGUAAAUAAACUAUUUUUAUUGACCUGA